AUGGCCUUUCCGCCUAGGUACUAUGGCCAGCAGAAAACCCGUCUUUCUAUCGGGCUGCCUGCCUAUACCUCUGCCGUCGAGGAAAAACUUCGUCUUGGAGGGCAUCGACCACCGAGUCCGUGGUUCGUCCGAGUUUCGAUACCCAUUCCUGGGGUACCUCGACGUGCAAUACCGGUAUGGAUACUGAAUCCUCGUCUGGGACGUAGGCGCAGUGCAUUUAUUCUCUUUGUGGUGUUAGUGAUGGUGAUAUACGCCAUUUUUCAUCCACGGCCCAAAGAUGACUACAAGCCUUGGACACCGCCUUCGUGGCCGACAGAGUCGACCCAGCGGAAUAGCGUUGUUUACAAGCCAGAGGACUUGCAGAGAAUAUGGGAGUGGGAGAUACAGAGCGGUCAUUAUCCUAGUCGGCGGAAAUUGCCGGACACUUUGCGAUUCGUGGAACCACCUGUCAAUCCUGCUCUGCCUCCUUCACGAAAAAAUCCGGGUUCGCUGGUUCCGUAUUCCCCAACGACGAAUGGUAUCGGACCUCGACGUGUUUACCUUGACAUACAAAGCCGUCCACCAGAUAUCUCGUACCCACCCAGGCCUGUACCAGGGAGUAUAGCCGACUUGGACGUCAUUAUGGACCAUUGUGAUUUCGAUAAGAAAAAAUAUGUCCGCGACUGCCUGGAGGUUCUUCGCGUAGGAGCUGGCUUGGACAAUGGCAAACGUGUACGUCGUGGCACCAUGGAUGACUGGAAAUACAUUUUUCUAGAAGAGGGCGAGAUAUCUCCUACCGUUCCCCCACGAGUUGCCACGACACCCACAUUUGAUGACGAUACGACUACUUCCAGGGAAUGGGAAACCUUGACGUUACCUCCGCCCGCUGAAUACCGCCCAUACUCCACCCUUGAGUCCCCUUGUGAUCCCGAAAAUCCUCGUAUAUUCCACAUGUUCUGGGCUGGUCCGAUUACGGACAAACCUUAUAUGGUCCUCCUCUCCUUCCUCUUCACUCAGAAUACGGGUCUUUACGUCAAGAAUUACCCCGAAACUUCAGCCUGUCGCGCUCAGUUUUGGCUUUGGGUUAAUCCUGGUCCAGCUGCAGCCGUUCCCAACCCAUCUGCCCUCCAUGACAUGUACGAGGAACUCAAGUCCAACCCAUGGGCCUCUCCGUUCCUCCACCCGCGAUUUAAAGAUGUCAUUCAGUUUAAACUAUGGAAUACCACGGAGCAACUGGAUGGGGUUCCGGAGCUGAAGAACGAAUGGCGUUCGAUGGAAACGCUUUUUAAGUCGGGCGCCCACGUGGUGCAUGUUCCACAGGACGAGCCUCAGGUAUCGGCGAAUGCAACUGCGUUGGCCACAAAGAAAGCGGCGGGCGACCCGAUGAUUAACCGACUUGGGUCGAAAUCGUCGUCAGAGUACGACCGUUUGUCUGUUAUCCUCUCUGACAUGGCGCGGUUUAUCCUCUGUCAUCGUUUUGGUGGGGUGUAUCUUGACGCGGACACGAUCCUGCUUCGCGACUGGGAAGAGCUGUUUGGGUGGAAGGGUGCAUUUGCUUACCGCUGGUCACGGCUACCGAACUACAACACUGCGGUGCUUCACAUGAGCAAGGGGUCGGCUCUAGGGACUUUUCUCUUCCGCAUGGCGCUCAAUAACGGGCUGGACUUCCAUCCGAUGACAAUUACGAAGUAUAUGAACGAGGCCGCGAUGAAUGGACUAUUGCUGCGCUUACCGGACGCGUUGUUUGAUUCGGCAUGGCUGAAUACAGAAGAAUUCCAACGAGAUAGGCCUCCACAACCUUACUUUACAGAGUUUUCCGACUUCUUUGAGACUCCUACAGUGAGUAGUGCUGCACCCCAAGCAGUGGGUUUCGAAGGUUUCUUUUCGGGCGCGUACUCGUACCAUUAUCAUAAUCAAUGGUGGCGACCCUUUGAUCCCUCACGAAACUGGCCUGAUCUCGGACCACGGUUCAAGGCGGUCGAAGAGCAGGCCCGACGAGCUCUAAAUAGUGAAUCGGCGAUGCCAACAUCAACGACGGAUACAAAUGAGGAACCGUGGCAGGACAAGGUGGCGGAGGAUAAACGGGAUUUGGACUGGGCGACAGUCAUUAAAAGAACUUUCGAGUCGUACAUUCGAGGCGAGCGGCCGAACAUGUAUGGAGAGUGGCUUCAGUGGUAG